AUGCAGGCAAUAUCACCUCGCGAGCCUUCUCUUCCGACGGCCACCUUUGCAGGCGAACGCAGAUCCUCAGCCGUCGUCACCGUCGUCGACGACUCGGACGCCAACAUGUCUCCCCCUCUCUCACCCGAACGUGAAAAGUCCGAGGAAAUACUCGACGAUAUCACCGUCGACGAGGAGGAGUCUGUCUCCAGGCCGUCUCAGUCUGUCCACUCGUCACGCGCUACUUCGCCAGCACCGUCCGCGUCGACCAACACGGCAGCUGCCGAGGCCGACUCUGAGAUGCAGGCUCCCGAGGAUACUUCAGAGCAGGAAAAGGCGGCCAAUCGGCCUUUGCGUCUCCUCGAGAACGAACCCGACCGUCUGUACCGCAACCUUGUGCUCACCGACUUUGAGGUCAAGGGAACGCUCGGAACGGGAACAUUUGGCCGGGUGCUGCUUGUCCGGCACAAGAGCCACGCCCCGGCUGGCCAGUGCUUCGCUUUGAAGGUCUUACGCAAGACGGAGGUCAUUCGCCUGCGCCAGGUUGAACAUGUCAAGGCCGAACGCCACAUUCUGUCGCGCGUUCGGCAUCCUUUUGUCGUGGACCUCUUCGCGACUUUCCAAGACAGCUUAAACAUCUACAUGCUCCUGUCGUAUGUUCCUGGUGGCGAGUUGUUCACCCACCUCCGACGCGUUGGGCGUUUCACGCCCGACGUCACUCGCUUCUACCUCGCCAUCAUCGUUCUCGCCCUCCGUUACCUUCACAAAUUCAAUAUAAUCUACCGCGACUUGAAGCCCGAGAACUUGCUGCUCGACGCCCGUGGAUACCUCCGCCUUACCGACUUCGGCUUUGCGAAGGUCGUCGAUGAUCGCACAUGGACCCUCUGUGGCACCCCGGAAUAUCUUGCGCCGGAGAUUAUCCAGAACGACGGCCACGGCAAGCCGGCGGACUGGUGGGCUUGCGGCGUGCUCGCAUACGAGAUGAUGGUCGGCUACCCGCCUUUCUUCGACGAGCUACCCUACGGGAUCUAUGAGCGCAUUCUCGCAAACCGCCCAGCCUGGCCGCGCGACAUGGACCCGCUCUCGCGUGAACUCGUGCAGAGCUUCCUCACUACGGACCGUUCGCAGCGCCUCGGCUCGCGCGCGCGCGGUGCAGCCGAUGUGCUUUCCCAUGCAUGGUUCCGCGGCGUCGAUUGGAACCAGCUCGAACGCAGGGAGAUACGUGCGCCCAUAGUGCCACACGUCAUGGGGCCCGACGACACGCGCUACUUCGCACGUCUUGCGCUCCCGCCCAUGGAGGACAUUCCGGGACUGGUACGGCCUGAGCCUCGCUCACCGGAGACAGGCUCUAGCGCCGCGUUCGACGUCGUCGGAUUCCAGUUCGGCGAGUUCUAA